AACAUUAUCAGUUAUAUAAUCUGUCCCCACAGAAUAAAUGCUCUCUGUUUAGAAUUCUGCCACAAACUCUCUGUCCAUGUCUAACGACUUAGGAUUUACUAGAAAAACAUAUUGUUGGAGGAUUAUGAGGCUUCUUUCCGUCGUCUGGCAGCCAGACCGUUUGCUGUUAUGUUAUAUUUGGGUAAGUGAGAUUUAACUCCGCAUCACUGUCGGAUGAAUGAACAGUCCGUUUGCAUUCUCAGCUCGCGCACCAGUGGAGCAAGUCUUUACGCACGAGGCAUCAUUGGCUGAGACACUGCGCGUGUCACAGACAGAACGACGAACCGGCGAGCAGCCUGAACGCAGUCGGUUUGCGCGUUUCGGUGAUUCUCUUGUGUCUGACUGUGAAUUUGUGGCGAUCGCUGCUGGAGCUGUUCACGGUGCUGAAACAUGAACCAAAGCGCAGGAGCGGCGCAGCACGGGCGGAGAUACUCAAUAGACGAAAAGGACAUUGGACCCAUUGGACCAGAUAGAAACUGGAAGGGCAUCGGCAUCUCUCUGCUAGUUAUUUUGGUGGUGCUCUCACUCAUUGGACUCUCCAUUAUUCUGCUGUCUAAAGAUGACGCUGGUAAACCUCCUGGUUCACAGUUGAUGUUAGACGACCUGUUUCACAGAGACUUCCAGGUGCAUGACACUGAUGCAAAGUGGAUCAGUGGGGGAGAAAUCAUUUAUCAGAACUGCGAUGGAGACGUUUUCAAAGUCAACACACAAACUAAUGAAACAGAUCUCCUGCUGAAAAACAACACUUUUGCAACAUUUAAGGCCUCAAAAUUUGCAGUUUCUCCAGACAUGAACUUUGUUCUUCUGGGAUAUGAUGUCAAGCAGAUCUAUCAGCACUCUUACCUGGCAUCGUACCUGAUUUACAACCUUUACACAAGAGAGGUGAAAGAGCUGAACCCUCCAGAGGUGUCAGACUCCAUCCUGCAGUUUGCUUCAUGGGGCAUUCGCGGCCAGCAGCUGAUGUAUAUAUUUGAAAACAACAUUUACUAUCAAACAGACAUCCAGAGCAGCUCCUGGAGGCUCACGUCUUCUGGACAGGAGGGGAUUGUCUUCAAUGGUAUUGCAGACUGGUUGUAUGAGGAGGAGGUGUUGCACACUCAGGUUGCCCACUGGUGGUCACCUGAUGGCUCCAGACUGGCCUACCUCACCAUCAAUGACUCCCUGGUCCCCAACAUGCUCCUGCCCCGGUUCACAGGAUCUCUCUACCCUCGAGGAAAACAGUACCCUUACCCUAAGAUGGGUCAGACCAACCCCUCUGUCAGCCUCCAAGUUGUCACUCUGGAUGGCAGUUCUAUAACCACUGAACAAAAGCCUCCAGAUAGUUUUGAAAAGAGCCAGUACUACGUGACAAUGGUGACAUGGGUGUCACCAGAAAGGCUAAGCGUGCGUUGGGUGAACCGGGCUCAGAACAUAUCGAUCCUGUCACUGUGUGAUGUCACCACAGGUGACUGUAUCAAGAAACAUGUUAUGACAUCAGAGAAGUGGCUCGAGCAUCAGAAUGAGAAGCCACUGUUUUCAAAGGACUACACGACGUUCUUCAUCACCAUGCCAUUAAAACAAGGCGGCUAUGGGAUGUUCAACCACAUCACCAUGAUCCAAUCUGAUGAUCAGGGUCAAGAGGUCAACCUCAGGCACCUGACCUCAGGAAGCUGGGAAGUCACUCAGAUUCUGGCCAAUGACGAAAGCACACACUCAGUAUAUUUCCUGAGCACAGAGGAAGGUUCAACACAACGGCAGCUAUACAGGGUCUCCACUCUGGAUCCAUUUUAUAAAGAAUGCCUGACCUGCUCCCUCUUCAGGUCAGAAUGCACCUACUAUGAUGCUGUCCUCAGCCCUGACUACCAACAUGUUCUUCUCAAAUGCAGAGGUCCUGGAAUUCCCCAGACUACUCUUCACAGACUAAAUGAUAUGAGCAAGCACAAAAUUCUUGAGAGUAACACAGUUUUAAAUCAAGCACUGAAGAGCAGGAGAAUUCCCAGAAAGCAAAGAAGAGUCAUACAAAUCAACAAAUUUGAACUACUAUUGGAGCUAAUAGUCCCAAUAGAUUUGGAUGAAGAAAAGCAGUACCCACUGUUACUCAUUCUUGACAGCGCUCCUGGUGGCCAGGCUGUGACCGACUGCUUCUCUCUUAGCUGGGACUCUGUCCUGGUCAGUUCUGACAACAUCAUCGUGGCUCGUCUGGACGGCCGGGGCAGCAGCUUUCAGGGCCAGAGAAUCCAACAGGAGGUUCACCAGAGGCUGGGGACGGUUGACGUUCAGGACCAGAUCACAGUUAUAGAGCAUCUGAUAAGACUACCCUAUGUUGACGGCAGCAAAGUGGGAGUUUAUGGGAAGGCGUACGGAGGGUUUCUCUCGUCAAUCAUGAUCCUCUCCCACAGCUCCUUGUUUGAGUGCGGCAUCGCUGUGGCUCCUAUAACAAACUGGAGACUCUAUGGGUCAGCCGUUGCUGAGAAAUAUUUUGGAUACCCAGUGAAAGAGGAUCACAAAUACCAGAUUUCCAGUCUGCUCGGUAACAUCACAGCACUGAGUUCACAGAGCUUCCUCAUUAUACACGGCACAGCAGAUGCUUCUGUCCAUUUCCAACAUACAGCAGAGCUGGUAAAACUCUUGUCAGCAUCGCAUGUCAACUACUCCCUCCAGAUUUUUCCAGAUGAAGGACACAACAUUGCCUCUGUCAAGAGCCGACACUACAUGAUGAACUCAGUGCUCAGCUUUUUCAGGCGUUGCUUUUGGCAGGAAGAGGUUGUCGUCUUGAAGAUGGUGAGAGAGGAUGACUAGUGUGUGUGUGAAUCUCUGCUGUGAGAUGGGGAACGUUUUGGGUGAAGUAUGGCACCUUCUGUAACCAUCCAGCAAUGAGCCAUCACCAGGAAACAUUCAUAGAAUGACUGUGGAACUGGAAAGUUAAUAGGUAACAGCACUAUUAGUGCUGUAACCUAAGGCUUCACUUGACUGUUUGUAAAACUUCAUCACGUACUUAGGUACAUUGUCAGGGAAUCAAAGAAACAUGUAUUUUUAAUUUCUGGAUACAAUCUUUGCUGACUGCUGUAACAUACUGUGAUCAUUUAUAUGUACUACAAACCGUUCAAAUACCAAAUUUGAUGCAAUCAUGUCACUAAAGAGUUUUUAAUGUAGGUGCCUUUACUGCAUUACAAUCAUCAGUGUUUUCCAGCCCAACAAUUAUCAACUAAACUAGAUCAUAAAGUCUGAACUCUAAUACAUUUAAACACAUGAUGUUUCUUAUGAUGCUUUAAUUCAGCAGUCAUUAGUGGUGGACACUGACCUAAAAACUAAAGUAUUUCGAAAGGAGAUAAUGUCAUACUGUAUGUGUUUUGCGUUUUUUUUUUUUUUUGCAUUUGCUCCAUUUCACACAAUGUUUGCCUCACACGAUUCCCACUGUGGCUUCCCUUCACCUCUUCCAGCCUGAGGAGACGUUUGUCUUGAAAACACAUCCAUGCUACUUCAUUAGCUCUGAUUAUCUAACAAAGUAAACAUUAUUUCAUUCAACUUUAAUAAUAAUAAUAAUAAUUACAAUAAUAAUAAUAACAAUUAUUAUUAUUAUUAUUAUUUAUUAUUAUUAUUUUAUUUUAUUUUUUUUAAUUAAUGUCUUCAUAUGCCUUUUUUUGUAAAGGUCCAUUCAUGGAGUAAAGGUUUUUAUGGAGACUUUUCAGUAAAUUACCAUGUGUAUUUUUUUUCUAAAUCUAUUUUUAUUAAUUACAACUUCUUUACUUUGGAUAAAAUAAUAAGAACAGCAUGAAUUUACUCUGGUAAAGGUUUAAGACCUUUUUAUAUACAUAUUUGUGAAAUACUGAAAUAUAUGGGGCACCGAAUCUAAAAAACUUUAACCAGAUUUAUCACAUUUAACUAAAUGACACAACAUUUUUUCUAACAUUUAGUUUGUGCAUAUAUAUAUAUAUAUAUAUAUAUAUAUA